AUGAUAGCAGGCAAUGGAGCAAUUGCUGAGAACUACAUCCUGAUCCAUAUCUGGGUGGCUGUCGAUGCUAUUUCUGUGGAAACUACACAGGAUGUUCUUCGGGCUGCUCGAGGCAAGAGCGUCACCCUCCCGUGUACCUACAGCACCUCCGCUUCAGACCGAAGCGGAUUUAUUCAGUGGGAUAAGCUUCUCAGGACUGAAACGGAAAGAGUAGUCACUUGGAAGUUUUCGAAUAAACAGUACAUCUAUGGGACCCGUUAUGAGAACCGUGUGAUAAUGUCCAAUGAUGCUAGCCUCUCCGAUGCCUCCAUCACCAUCGACCAGCUGACCAUGGAUGACAAUGGCACCUACGAGUGCUCCGUCUCACUGAUGUCAGAUCUAGAUGGUACCUCCAAGUCUCGAGUCCGCCUCUUAGUCCUCGUGCCACCCUCCAAGCCAGACUGCGGCAUCAUAGGGGAGACGGUGAUUGGGAACAACAUCAACCUGACGUGCCAGUCUGCAGAGGGCUCUCCGAGCCCACAGUACAGCUGGAAGAGCUACAAUGCCCAGAACCAGGAGCGGCCGCUCACCCAACCAGCCUCGGGCCAGCCGUUGCUUUUGAAGAACAUCACCACGGAAAUGGCGGGCUACUACGUCUGCACUUCCAGCAACGAAGUGGGAGUGGAGUCCUGCAACAUCACUGUGGCCCCCAGACAGCCUUCCAUGAACAUUGCGCUGUAUGCGGGCAUCGCGGGAGGUGUGUUCGUGGCCCUCAUCAUCAUCGGCAUCGUUGUCUACUGCUGCUGCUGCCGGGACAAGGAUGAAAAGGCCGAGGACAUGGAGGACACAAGGCCGAACCGAGUUGCUUACCAAAAGCCUCAAGAGCAGCAGAGAGAAGUUUCCAGAGAGAGGGAAGACAAAGAUGACUACAGGAAUGAGGACCGAAGGAGUUCAGGGCGUAGCUCUCUUGACCAGCCCUUCAAGUGA